AAACUACGUUGCUUUUCUGCCGAUCGAAAUUUGUAAAGCGACUUUCGAAGGGACACGCCAUCGUUUUUAGCUGAGAAGCAAAUUUACCUCGGAAAAUCGCACAAAAAUGGGUGUAAUCGAAUCUCUCGGUGUUGACGGGUUGCUCAGCGAUGUCCAGCGGAUGGACAAACGACAGUUUUUCUUCCAGGUUCUAAGCUUCGGAAUGAUUGUUUCCUCGGCCCUGAUGAUUUGGAAAGGACUGAUGGUGGUUACCGGAAGCGAAUCGCCCAUCGUGGUGGUGCUCAGUGGCAGUAUGGAACCGGCUUUUCAUCGCGGUGACCUGCUUUUCCUAACCAAUCAGGAGGAACCGGUGCGAGUGGGCGAAAUUGUGGUGUUUAAAAUCGAAGGUCGAGACAUUCCAAUCGUCCACCGUGUGAUUAAACUGCACGAGAAGAACAACGGAACGGUCAAGUUUCUGACCAAGGGCGAUAACAACUCGGUGGACGAUCGGGGUCUGUACGCGCCCGGACAGCUUUGGCUUACCAAGAAGGACAUCGUGGGCCGGGCAAGGGGAUUCCUUCCCUAUGUCGGAAUGAUUACGAUCUACAUGAACGAAUACCCGAACCUGAAGUACGGCAUUCUGGGGUUGCUAGCGUUGUAUGUGCUGCUACAUAGGGAAUAGAUCUCGUUUAGUUAUUUAGGCAAGGAAAGCGCAUUUUCUAGUUCGAAAAGAAGAAGAAAUAAAUUACGAAGAACGCUCUCAAAUUCAAAGUAAUCAUUGGAAUUAUUGAUAGUGCUAGUAUGAAGCGAUUUUUCUUUUGUUAAAUGAGCAAAAACUGUCAAGCCAAUUGCUUGCUACAGCAACAAAUAAAAAAGUGUAUAUUUAGAAAC